CUAUUUUACAUCCUCUUUCAAGCUAAGGUGUCACGUUAUUAUUCAUUUUCAUCCCGUUUUAGCGUAAAAAUGUGUGGCGGUGCAUUUCUCUUCGAUCGUAAAUUCCCUAGGGAUGAUGGCCGCAGUGUCUCCUCCGGCGACAUCUGGCCUGAGUUUUGCCCCACUUCUCAGACGACUGUCAAAUCGAGUUUCUCCGGCCAACCUGAAUCAGCCGCCACCCCUAAACGGUCCCAGCCAUGCACAGGUGAUGGGAGUCCUGAGAAGGCGAAGAAGAAGAGGCAGAGGAAAAACAUGUACAGGGGAAUCAGGCAGCGCCCCUGGGGCAAAUGGGCCGCCGAGAUCCGCGACCCGAGAAAAGGCGUUAGGGUUUGGCUUGGUACGUUCAACACGGCGGAAGAAGCAGCCAGAGCUUACGACAGGGAAGCUAGGAAAAUCAGAGGUAAAAAAGCUAAGGUUAACUUCCCUAACGAUGACAGUAACUUUAAUCCGCCGGCGCAGCCGGAAUUCCGCCGGAAUCCUCCUGAUAAGUCCAUCGGAAAAGCUGAUCUGAAUGUGGAGCCCUAUUAUCCUCGAUCCAAUUCAAUGAUCAACGCCGGGACUCUAAUAGGAUUUGCUACGCAGAGCGAAGAGAAUGGUAACGAGGGUUUAUUGAAAGAGAAGAGGGCGGGCGGGGAGGAAAUGAAGAUAAUGAAUGACGGUGCAGAGAUAAAGGAGGCGGAGAAUCAAGUGCGUAAGCUCUCGGAGGAGCUAAUGGUGUACGAGUCGUAUAUGAAAUUCUACGAGAUACCUUAUCUGGACGGCCAGUCAACUGCGGCGGCGCAAGUUAACCCGGUUCCAGACACGGUGGUUGGCGGUGGUUCUAUAGAUCUCUGGAGCUUCGAUGAUGUCAGCCCAAGCAGUGUCGUUAACUCCAAUUAAUAUAGCUUUCGUCGUUUUUCCUUUCACGUUUACUGUUCAUUUUCUUUAGCCGUACUGUAGUAAUGUGUAAGAAACAUUGUUACGUUGUUCAAUGAAAUGAAUUAUUACUUCAAUUCCGUAUCAA